AUGUCUCAGCACGACGCUGCUCAGCACGACGAGCACAAGCCUGUAGAGAACAAGCGCUCUCCAGAAGCUUCUGACGGAGAACCCGCCGCCGAAAACGACGAAUCUUUCGAAGACGCCGUCGAUACAGUCGAUUCUGUGUCAGUACGAUCGCUGACCAAGAGAGCCGUAUCAACCUCCAAACCUCCUCCUACCGAAGAGCAUCAUCCUCAACCGCAAGCUCCCGAGACUGCAAGCGACCGUCCCCAACAUCCCGAGACUGCAAGCGAACCCCCCCAACAAGCUGAACCAGAAGUGGCCCAAGAGGCCGACGCCAAGUCGCAUCGCGAAUCAUCUCCCUUGUCCAGACGAUUAUCUUCCACCUCAAAUCUCGACAAUGUCAACCUAGAUGACGAGGCUGCUCCAUCUGUCGAUCGAGAAUCGAAAGCAUCCGUUGAAAACGAACAGCCGCCCAAAACCUUGUCCCUUAGCAGCAUCACGAGUGCUCUUCCCUCCAUGCCCUGGUCCCCGCCCGCCGGUACUUCGCCCGCAAAGAGCCCUGGAGCGUCGUCCAUUACAACGGCGCCGCCCUCCACAACGGCCGCUACACAACCUCCGCCACCCACCAGAAAACUCACCGGAGCCUUUUCAUGGCUGUCUCGAAACUCGUCUGGCAAAGAUGCUGUGCCCGCCCAACAACCUAGCCAGCGACGAAACACGGCAAGCUCCGUGGGCACCCUUACCAGCAAUCCCGAAAUGAUGCUUGGCAAGCUGGAGGAAGAAACUGAAAAUGGGAAAAAGGAGGCCAGAAUGAGUCUCAAAGACAGAUUCAAGCUCCUGCGUCUACAGCAAGAGGCAGGCAUCCCCCCCCACGCGCUCGAAGACGACAAUGGUAGCAGCGGAGCUGGCCUCGGGUUGGUCAAUGGCGAUGCGGCGUCGAUAACAAGCGAGCUUGCCUCGCCGGCCCCAGUACCGACUCCCACCAUCGAUCUCGCACCUGGAACCGUAUCUGGAGUCAAUGCAGGACCUUCGGCGAUGCCAGAGUCCCAAGUAGACUGGGACUUGUGGCAGUCUGUUGUCUACGAGGGCCCGGCUGUCGUUGCGCGUACUAGUGCCGAGGAACUGAACCGUGCUAUCACCACCGGAAUUCCAAGCGCCAUCCGAGGUGUCAUCUGGCAAGUGCUGGCGCAGAGCAAGAAUCCCGAGCUGGAAGCAGUCUACAAGGAUUUGGUUGUCAGAGGUACCGACAAAGAGAAGCGUCACAGCAACAGUACCACUGCCAGCGCUUCAAGCAGUGGCAACAUCACUCAGAGUGGCGAGGCUGUUACCUCGUCGGCGUCUUCAGUUAAAUCUGACCGCUCGGGCACGAAUGCUAGCAUGUCAUCCAAGGCAGAAAAGGUAUCUGAGCCAAGCCCAAAGGCGCAGGCUGUGGCAGCAGCUGAGCGCAAGAAGAGGGAAAAAGAGGAGACUGCAGCCCUUCAGAAGCUCGAGAAGACUAUCCGACGUGAUCUUGGUGCCAGAACCAGCUACUCCAAGUACGCUGCUUCGGCAGGUCUUCAGGAUGGCUUGUUCGGUGUUUGCAAAGCAUAUGCCCUGUAUGAUGAAGGCGUGGGAUACGCUCAAGGGAUGAACUUCCUCAUCAUGCCCCUUUUAUUCAACAUGCCCGAAGAAGAAGCCUUUUGUUUACUCGUGCGCCUGAUGCACAAUUAUGACCUUCGAGAGCUUUUCAUUCAGGACAUGCCUGGCCUUCACAUGAGACUCUAUCAAUUUGAACGCCUUCUAGAGGAUGUUGAGCCAGCCCUGUACUGCCAUCUCAAGCGUCGCGGCAUCUCUCCCCACCUCUAUGCUACACAAUGGUUUCUUACUCUCUUCGCCUACCGCUUCCCCUUACAGCUUGUCCUCCGGAUCUACGAUCUCAUCCUCUCCGAGGGCCUCUCUGCCAUUCUGAGGUUUGGUAUUGUUUUGAUGCAAAAGAACGCGAGUCUAUUGCUUGCCAUCUCCGACAUGCAGCAACUCACAACCCAUCUGAAGGACAAGGUCUUUGAUGUGUACAUUGACAAGGACCCUAGUGCGGGAAGUUUGCUAGAGAAUGGAUUCUUCGGCAGCUCAAGCGCCAGCAUGGACAAAGAGGUCUACAGGGCCGACCAGCUAGUUAAAGAUGCGUCUGAAGUCAAACUCACUCCCGAAACAUUGAAAAUGUACACCGCCGAAUGGGAAGAAAAGACCAAGGCCGAGAAAGACCGGGAGACGGAGCUGCAAGACCUGAAGAUAUCUAACCAAAGCUAUGCAAUCCAGUUGCGCAAGCUGGAAGAACGAGUUGAGGCCUGCGAUCGCGAGCAAGCCGAUCUUGCGACGGAGCUCGUGCACACAAAGGUCGAGAACGAGGAGCUAAAGGAUGAAAAUGAAAGCCUCAAGGGCCAAGUUCAGGAGCUUCGAGUCGUGAUUGAGAAGCAACCGAUGGAAAUCGAAGAAGCCUGGAAGCUCGAACGAGACAGCCUCAUGAAACGCAAUGAAAAUGUACAUGAAGAAAACAGAAAGCUAGAACAAGAGCUAGCAGAAUUGGAGGAAGUCCUCGUCAAGACAAAGAUGCAAUAUGCAGAGAUUAACUCUCAGCAUGAGACGCUCAACAGAAAAUGGAGUGAUCUUAAGCGGCAGUUUGCAUAA